UCCAACAUGUUUCACAACAUCUUAAAACGCUCGCUUCAGUCGAGUUUAAGACAAAUAUUAUACACAAAGAAUAGCUCCAAUACUUUCCGAGCAAGCUCCAGCAGUACCCAUGGCGAUGUCAAGGAUGCCCUGGAGAUUGAGGCCAAUCUGUUUGGGAAUUCUGGUCAAAAGCAUGAGCCGGUAAACACGCGGGAGGCUUUACGCAAGAACCGCUCCAAGUCGCUUGGAAUCCAGAAGAAUAAGGAACAUAAGAGAGAAGCGCCAGUAAAUCCUCCAAAAUUCACUGCAGCCGUGGAUCCUCCCAAGUUCAAUGUUCCUCGAACACAUACUCCUCCUGCUCCGAUCAUCAAAGACAGCGAACUGAAUUUGGAGUUUGUGCGUCUCACGCUCCAAGAUCCACUGACCAGCACCCUGUUAACUACUGUACGGUCCAAGAAGCGUCGUGACAAAAAUCGGCAGAUCAUCCUCGAGGGCCGACGCCUCAUUCAGGAGGCCCUGCAAUGCGGUCUCACAAUGCAGACUCUCCUCUUCAGCCAGAAAGAUCAGUUGGCUUUGGUGAAGGAGGAAGUGGGAAAGGCUCAAAAGGAAACUGGAUCAAAAAUCUACAAGGUCCCGCAACACGAUCUUAAGACCUGGUCCUCGCUGGUAACCCCUCCCGGUCUAAUGGCCAUUUUCGAUCGCCCUUCGGAUAAGGGCUUGGAAAGCAACCUGGCGGAGCAAGAGCGAGCGGGCACUAAACCCUUGCCUGUAACGGUGGUGUGUGACAACAUCAGGGAGCCCAAUAACCUGGGCAGCAUCAUCAGGACCUGUGCAGCCCUUCCAUGUAGCCAGGUGGUAGUUACCCACGGCUGUUGCGACCCUUGGGAGUCAAAGGCCCUACGAGGAGGCUGCGGCGGACAGUUUAGGAUUCCCAUUUUGGAUGACGUGACCUGGGAGGAGCUGGCCAACAUCGUACCCCCGGAGGUUUCAAACGACUGUCGCGUGUUCAUAGCGGAGAACAAUCUGGAGAAGCGGGAGAGCCACGAGACCAUCGAUUAUGCCGAUAUUAGUGAUGUAGGAGCUCAAAAUUUUCUGAUAAUUGGUGGAGAGAGCCAUGGAGUCAGUGAGGCUGCUUACAGGUUCAAGAACCUGGUUGGAGGAAAGGGAAAGUGCGUCUACAUACCCUUGGCAGCUGGAAUCGAUAGCCUAAAUGUGGCCUCUGCUCUCACGCUGUUGCUCUUUGAACUGCGAAGGAAACUAUAUCAGCAGUCGGGAGAUGGUCUUAAGCAGGGAGGAGAAGCCUGA